AUGCUACUAUAUCCCGUCCCCCAAGAACAAACGGACUGCCAAAAAGCCGCCAUUGUUGGGUUAGGUGGUAUCGGCAAGACUCAAGUCGCCUUGCAGCUUGCGUACUGGGUCAAGGAACAUCGACCUGAAUAUGACAUCUUCUGGGUUCCGGCACUGAGCACCGCCACAUUCGAGGAGGCGUAUGUCGAGAUAGCAAGGCGACUCGCCCUCCAGAAGUACAGCGAUGACGAUGAUCCUAAAGACCUAGUCCGGGACCAUUUGAGCUCUGACGAGGCUGGACGAUGGCUGCUCAUUAUAGACAAUGCAGACGACGGAGACGUACUCUUCACACAGAAUGGCCUCAGCAGAUAUCUUCCUGAGAGCGAAAAUGGCCUUACUUUGUUCACGACACGAUCCCGAGAAGUGGCUGUCGAGACUGUUGGAUGUGAUGUGGUCGACCUGUCCGAAAUGGAUUGGGCUGAGGCGACGAGUUUUCUAGAGAAGAGCCUGAUUCGAAAAGACCUGAUUCAUGACACAGCGGUGAAAGAGCUGUUGGAGGAGAUGAACCACCUCCCACUCGGAAUCGCUCAGGCUGCUGCAUAUCUGAACAAGAAUCAGAUAUCGAUUACAGAGUACUUAAGACUACUACGAAGUGCCGAGGAGAACAUGAUCAGCCUACUAAGCCGAGAGUUUCGAGAUAUGACUCGAUAUGCCGAUUCACAAAACUCCGUGGCUGCCACUUGGCUUGUGUCCUUCGAGCAGAUACUCAAAUCCGAUCCUUUUGCUGGCGACCUACUGUCUUUCAUAUCGUGUAUCGAGCCCAAGGCGAUUCCGCUCUGGAUAUUACCCAAAGCACAGGUCGAGGAGCACACGACACGUGCCAUCGGACUUCUGUGCGGGCGAUAA